AUGGUCAACCUCACGGACAAUGUGACCGUUCCCUCAUACGACGGUAAUUUAACGAACACCCGAUGGAAUUUCGUGGCUGGAUUCAAGACGUUUACCGGCACUACAACGCUUUUAAUGAAUACCGCGGUGUUCUUGACGCUGUUGACCAAUCGAAAAUUGCGCACGGCGUUUAACAUUUACCUGAUGAACCUCCUGUUAUCUAACAUCGUGUACCUGGUUUGCUCCGAAUACUACGAUAUCAUUAUCUGGAUGAAGCGUAAAUGGUGGCCCGGUAACGUCCUCUGCGAAAUGCACCUGUACGCACUCAGCAGCCCGUCCACGUGCAUGACCUGGGCGCAAGUGCUUAUCUCCUGCAAUCGCAUCUGGGCCAUCACAUUCCCCGCGCAUUAUCACCAUCACCAUACUCAGGUCGUGGCUAUCGUGCAGUGCGUGGUAAUGUGGUUGUUUGUGCACACGGUGACCUUACCCUUUGAGAUUAUGGACGCGCUAUGGUAUCGCGCACCCGGCACCACCAAAGGCUGUCAAUUUAAUUUUGAUGCACAAAUAUUAUAUGCGCAGAUCUACGAGAUAGUCAUGGUAGAUAUGACGGUCAUCUUCAUCAUUGUCGCGUAUCCGUAUUUAUUAUGGAAAGUAGUAGCGCGGCGCCGUGCACGGACCGGCGAACAUGCCGCACCGGGAAAGGCUGGACAUACGCUGCCGGAGAGUAACGACGAUACUGCCACACGCGCCCGCUACAACGAGAGUCGAACGGCUUUUAUUGUUCUGACGUCUCUGACGGUUAACGCCAUCGUCUGCUGGACACCGUCGUCGCUAGUGUAUCUGGCGGCGGAUUUCGGCAACUAUGAUUUACCGGACCAAUUCUAUCAGUUCGGACACUGGAUGCUGGAAACCGGGGCCCUAAUGGAUUCGGUCAUCAUCUUCAUAAGUGUUAGAGAUUUUCGAAUGACGGUCUACAGUUGUCUGGGGUGUCGAUGA